CACACUUCCUCUUCCAACCGUUACUCUCCUCUCAACGCCAACCACCAGUGUCUAUUUCCAUUACCCUCCUUCAGUAUUCUUUCUCUUCAACGGUUACUAAGCUCUUUUAACGGCUAUUUUUCAUGAAUUUGGGGUCAUCUACGUGGCAGUGAAAGGACCAUUUUGAAAAAGUUGUUAAAUUUAAUUUAAUUUUUUUUUUCCUAUAAGGGCGAUUUUGGCCCAAAACUCAUUAUUCAUGAUCCCUUAAGUUUCCAACUUCAAACGCAAAGCCCCCAUUCCUCCUGCACAGGAACAUAGUAACAGAAGCAGAGGCAGAGGCAGACCCACAUGGAUUUCAGUUCGUUUCUGACGUCCUUAGGGACGUCGUUUCUGAUCUUCGUGGUUCUCAUGCUGCUCUUCACUUGGCUCUCCAGGAAGCCUGGCAAUAGCGUCAUAUAUUACCCCAAUCGGAUCCUCAAAGGCAUGGAUCCAUGGGAGGGUGGGAAGAGGACCAGAAACCCAUUCGCUUGGAUCCGUGAAGCUAUCACUUCCUCCGAGGAUGACGUUAUUUCCAUGUCUGGCGUUGAUUCUGCUGUGUACUUGGUCUUCUUGAGCACUGCUUUGGGAAUAUUGGUCUUAUCUGGCAUUGUGCUGCUACUGGUUCUUCUACCUGUGGCUGCCACUGACAAUAAUUUGAAGCUAUCGGCAAAUAGUUCUACAAGCAAUGGCACUUUCAAUGAGCUUGACAAGUUAUCUAUGGGAAACGUCAAGGCAAACAGCGAGAGGUUGUGGGCAUUCUUGAUAGCCACCUACUGGGUUUCUUUUGUUACUUAUUACCUGUCAUGGAAGGCAUACAAACAUGUUUCGGGAUUGAGAGCAGCUGCUCUGAAGUCUCCAGAUGUGAAAGUCGAGCAAUUUGCUGUUCUUGUAAGAGACAUACCUGCUGUUCCUGAAGGCAAAACUCGAAAGGAACAGGUUGAUUCAUAUUUUAAAGGCAUCUACCCUGAUACCUUUUACAGAUCAAUGGUGGUCACAGACAUUAAACAGGUCACCAAAAUAUGGGUGGAGUUGGAAGGGUAUAAAAAGAAGCUUGCACGUGCUGAAGCUGUAUAUGAACAGUCAAAAACAACAGGCAGCCCUGAGGGCAAAAGACCUAUGAACAGAACUGGCUUCCUUGGUAUUAUUGGAAAGAAGGUAGAUUCCAUAGAAUACUACAAUGAGAAAAUUAAUGAAUUGAUCCCAAAACUAGAGGCCGAACAAAAAGUCACCCUCAGGGAAAAGCAGCAAGCCUCAGCUUUAGUUUUCUUCACCAGUAGGGUGAAAGCAGCUGCUGCUGGUCAGAGCCUACAUGACCAAAUGGUUGACUCAUGGACAGUCAUAGAUGCUCCUGAACCCCGUCAGAUAAUAUGGAAAAACCUCCUGAUCAAGUUUUAUUCAAGGGAAAUAAGACAGUAUGUUGUGUACAUUAUCGUGGCGUUGACCAUACUUUUCUACAUGAUUCCAAUUGGGCUUAUUUCUGCGGUCACAACACUGAAAAAUCUGGUGAAGUAUCUUUCAUUUUUAAAGCCAAUCGUGGAUAUAGUCGCCAUUAGGACAGUAUUGGAAGCUUACCUCCCUCAGCUUGCACUCAUUAUUUUUUUGGCUUUGCUGCCCAAGCUUCUCUUAUAUCUAUCUAAGGCUGAGGGAAUUCCUUCUGUGAGCCAUGCAGUAAGGGCAGCCUCUGGGAAGUAUUUUUAUUUCACGAUUUUAAAUGUUUUUAUUGGUGUUACUGUUGGGGGAACCCUGUUCGAUGCAUUCAAGACCAUUGAGGAUGAGCCAAAAAAAAUAAAAAUUGUUUCCAUAUUAGCAAAGAGCCUUCCAAGCAAUGCAACUUUCUUCCUGACCUUUGUGGCUCUCAAGUUCUUUGUCGGCUAUGGGCUUGAGUUAUCCCGAAUAGUUCCUCUCAUUAUAUUCCAUCUGAAAAGGAAGUAUCUAUGUAAGACUGAAACAGAGGUCAAAGAAGCUUGGGCUCCAGGAGAUCUUGGGUAUGUAUCUAGGGUUCCUGGUGACUUGCUGAUCAUCACAAUUGUUCUAUGCUACUCUGUAAUAGCCCCGAUUAUACUCCCAUUUGGUGUGCUAUACUUUGGCCUAGGAUGGCUUAUUCUUCGGAAUCAGGCGCUCAAGGUUUAUGUUCCAUCCUAUGAGAGCAAUGGGAGAAUGUGGCCCCACAUACACGUGCGAUUGAUAGGCGCUCUUUUAUUGUACCAGGUCACCAUGCUUGGUUACUUUGGAGUGAAAGAAUUCCGCUAUACUCCAUUUGUGAUCGUGCUCCUUAUACUUUCCUUGAUCUUUAUCUUUGUCUGUCAGAAGAAAUUCUAUCGCUCUUUCCAGUCCGUACCUCUUGAAGUUGCUUCCCAUGAAUUGAAGGAAAGUCCAAACAUGGAACAUAUUUUCAGAGCUUACAUCCCACCAAGUUUGAGCUGUGAAAAGGAUGAAGAGCAGUUUGAAGAUGCUUUAUCUCAAGUUUCAAGGACGACAUCAUCAGUUUGAUGUGCAUUUGUGUAUCUUCCCUUUGUUGUCAUGGUGUUGUAGCAUGAAUACUUGUUUGGCAGAUCUGUUGAUAACUUGUGUUAGCAAUCAUGUUAGGAGGUUUUAUGUGUAAUAUAAUAUAUUAUAUUUUUAUGUAUUUUUUGGAUCUUGGUGUGCAUAAUACUUUUCCAUGUUAAGUGCUAGAAAGCUACUGAAUUCUUCUUGUUUCUUUUUCCUCCUCAUUGGGGUUGGAAUCAUGUCAGAUUUUUCUUCUUA